GUUUUCAAAAUUAUUUCAUAUACAGUAGUACUAGGUUUUUUCAAUUAUCUUGAACUUGAAGAAAAAGUGAUAGGAGUAGUAGUAAUUACUGAGAGAGAGAGAGAGAGAGAGAGAGAGAAUGGCUUUGACGAACUUGAUAUUGACGGUGGCCGGAGUGAGCGCAGUGGUUCUGCUGAUGAGGAGCGAUGUAAAGCAAACGGCCACAAUCUUCAGGCGAAACGUCCGUCAGAUUCGCCACUGGCUCGAACAAGAGUCCACCGCUGCCGCCAAGGAAAUGGAGAAGGCUAAACCCAAGGAACUGCCUGAGAAAGAUACUCCCAAGGGGGACAAGCAAUAGAUGUAUCAGAUCAAUCAUGGGUUUUAUACCAUAAGGCGGCUGACUCUUCCAUGUUCUCUUGGAUUUCACUCUUUUUAUCCUGUAUAAAAAAGUUUGAUCAAUACUGCUUACUUACGGCUCCAAAAUAAUAUUGUUUUGAUCUUCUUUGCACUUCCGCUGGUACUUGUUCGUCUUCUGUGUAGAAGAGUGGUGUACAAUGAUAGAGAGGUUUUGUGCGUUUUGAUGAUCUUUGGUUGUAGCCAAUCUUUGAAGUACUUGAGCGAGAAAUUAUCCAAACGCAUGGGUUGUGUUCUUACUCGAGUACUGUCAGGUUUUCCCCCUUUUCGUCACAGCUAGAGCUUUGCUUUGGAUGGUUUCGCCUUGUAUCUUUUGGAUUGUCGGUUUUUUUUUUUCCCUUUUCGUCACAGCUAGAGGUUUGUGUUGGUUGGUUUUGCCUUGUAUUUUUCAGAUUUGCCCAGAUUAAUUGUAAAGGAAGGUAUAAGUGGUACAUGAAUGACUCCAUUUGCCCUUUUGGCAAAAAUUUGUUUCCCGUA